CUGACGUCAGGACGGGGCUGGCGCUGCCCGCUGGCGGAGCGGGGCCGGCGGCGGGAGCGGGGCCGGCAGCGACAGAUUAAGCAACAAUGGCAUUUGUGAAGAGCGGAUGGCUGCUCCGGCAAAGUACUAUUCUGCGGCGCUGGAAGAAGAACUGGUUUGACCUGUGGUCUGAUGGCCGCUUAAUAUUCUAUGAUGAUCAAAAUCGCCAUGAUAUAGAAGAUAAAAUCCACAUGCGAAUCCAUUGCAUCAACCUCAGAGUGGGGAAUGAAUGUCGAGAUUUCCAGCCUCCAGAGGGGAAGCAGAGAGACUGUUUACUGCAGAUUGUUUGCCGCGAUGGGAGGACAGUCAACCUCUGUGCAGAAAGUGCAGAUGACUGCCUGGCAUGGAAAAUUGCUCUCCAGGAUGCCAGAACAAACACAGGCUACAUGGGAUCUGAUGUGAUGUAUGAUGAGACAGCCGUUUCCUCAGCCCCUCCUCCCUAUACAGCUUAUGCCACACCAUCACCUGAGGUUUAUGGCUAUGGCUACGAUCAGUACAAUGGUGUGUAUCCUCCUGCUGGUCCUCAAGUCUUCUAUGCCUCCAACGGACAAGCUUACGCUGUUCCCUGUCAGUAUCCAUACCAAGUCUCUCAUUACCUAGGACCUUAUGGUCAACCCCCUGCAAACCAUGUCAUCAUUCGAGAGCGUUACCGUGACAGCGAUGGAGAUCUUGCACUGGGCAUGCUUGCUGGAGCAGCGACUGGAAUGGCUCUGGGAUCAUUAUUCUGGGUCUUCUAGAUUACCCGUUCCUUAUCUUUGUAGUUCCAAAACCCUUUAUUGUGUGCAAUAAUAUAUUGGCAAUGUUGUUAAACUUUAAGAAAUGCAAUAGUUAUUUUUCAGUAGUGACAUCUUAAUAACUGAUUCUUAACUGUCUUAAGGGGAGUUUGAAGGCACCAUUUAGUUAAGUGGUUAGAGAUGGCAUGUGCUGCUCUUGAAUACUCUUCUGAUGUUUGGAAUUAUAAGGAUUUGUACUGCUAAGGAUCAAUGGGAACACCAAUGUAACAUGGUAGCUAGCAGUCACUAGCUUUACAAGCAGACUGCUAUUGUAAACACUGUAGAAAAAAUGGAUUUUUUUGGGGGGUCUAAAAUCUGUUCUAAAUAGGAGGUUUACAGGAGCCCUGCAUUAGUAUGUAGGUACUACUGGCUUCUAAACAUUCUGCAGACAAACAUAUAGCUCAGCAGAAACUUCUUGGCAUUAGGUAGUCUGCCAUGCUUGAGGAUUUUUUUGUUUUCAAACUUGCCUGCAGAUGGUAGUGUAUUUUCUUAGAUGGAGUCCUAUACCUGUCUCUCACACCAUCCAGGUGAAGUUGUCUUCCAGAACAUAGAAGCAAACCACUAAGAAGCAGCAGCACUCCUCAGUUCUUUUAUUCUCCCAGAAAUGUCAAUGACCAGCGGCAAGGAAGACCAAUGUUUGUUGUUCCACCUUCCUCUUUAUCUUGAAUCACUCUUCUCUGGUCAGAUGGAAGUAAUGGAUCUUUAGCUUUGCAAGUAGUCUUCCUUGUCUGUAGAACAGUCACCUCAGACGCUGUACCAACUGCAUUGCUGAGGAAGAGGCCAUUGUCUAGUGUCUCUGCUCAUUACUGCUAUUGCUCUGCAGGGUCUGCAGGAGGAGAACUAACUUGAACAACCCUUGCCCUGUUGGCCCUACCAGAACCCCUCUGCAGGCAGUAAUAGUCAAGAAGAGAGAGACAAACACCACAAGUAGACCUUGCACACAGGCACUUUGAUAUCAGCUUCUUUGCCAUGGCUGGGAUAGAAUGUCUGCCUCCAAGGUUUCCUGAACCAGGAACUGGUUUUGAGCACAGCUGAGCCUGGGUUUGUUCUGUGCACACUUCCCCCUCACAUUCAGCAGGUCUCCUCUUCCCUCCCUGACUUUUUAAGGAAAACACUCCAAGGAACCUGGCUGGCUUUGCUUGUAUGCCUGGUUCCUUAUGCAAUGUGCUUCUGCAGGCUGCUGUACUAUGGACUGUAACCUGGAAUGCAACUGUUGUGUGUUAUGUGGCCUAUUACCUUAUCCCAUUAUAAUCCAUGCUGAGCUGUGCUUGGCAGGAGAAAGCAAGCUCUGAAGAAAUGCAUGUGCUUUCUUAUUCAGGUAAAAGAGGCAGGGUGCCUAAGUUGAGUUCUUUAUUCUAAGAGGACUUAUUUUUUUACUUCCACUUUCAGCUUCCUGUAUUCAUACUGUUUUAAUGUGUUAAGUCUUUCUUAUGCUUUCAUUCAGAAGUAGGUUGGUUAAUUUCCUUAAGGUUCACAGGGUUUCAAGUAUGUCAGGAAAGAUGAACAUAGAUGAGAACUUGCACCCAUAUAAACUUAGAUCAAGCCCCAAACCUUUUUCAUUUCAUCCUAAAGCUGUCUUGGCUCUAUCCUACAUAUUUAAGCAAUAGAGGUCUUAGACAAGAGUUUGGGCAGUAGCCAGGGGAAACACUAAGCUUUCAUGACUCUAAGGACCAACCCAACAAACUGAAAUCAUCAGAAGUAAACAGACAGAUGUAGUCCUGGCUGCAUUACUAAGAGUGGGCCUAAUCCAAAGAACCUAAACUUCUUUCAAGAAACUUUGGCUCAGAGCAGUACACCAAUGAGCAUGCAUGUCCUUUCACAGAUUAAUACAAGCUGCAUGUGUUCUGCCAGUGGUAGGUACUGAAAGGACUUCUUGGAGGUUCAAAAGAGGACUAAAGCAAAAGUUUCCUAUUGCUGGUCUAAACCAAAAGAAAUUGGAGUACACUACUGAAGUUCUGUUAGAGGCCUGGUACCCUUGAGGCCAGAAAGAGAUGAUGACUGUCUAGAACUUAAGCGUUUCUUAACCGUUAAUGUUACCGUUAAGAAACAUUUCUACCCUUUUUAAGGCUUGAGAUAACCUUGAAGCUGAUUACAAGUCUACACUGCUCUUUAGUUUGUGCUUUGCAAUAUAACUAGUUCUGCAGAAUGCCUCCAUCUCCUCUUCUCCCUGUGUAAUAUUUAGCUUAUAGGGGGGUGGAAGAGAAUAAAACAAUUUAACAUCAUUGUGAUUUCUUUUGAAUUUCAUAAUGAUUGUGAAAGAAUAGCACAAAGUGAAUCAGCUAGUAAUUUAUUUUAAAUUCAGAGUUUUACUGUGUGGGUGUUUUGGGUUCCCCCCCCCCCCACCCCAAGAGCUUUUGAUCACAGCAGGGGAACAUGUCUCUUGCGCUAUACAGGAGAUAACUGUAUCUACGUCCUCGGUUUCUUCAAGUGAAGUGUACAAGCUAAAGACUCUGUUGGUUGCAAAACAUUUCUGGGUUGAAUUCAAAGAAAGAAAUUAUCUUUUUAAAAGUUCAAAUUGAAGUAAGUCUCCAUUAAAAAGAAUAACCUUACCCCUUCUCAAGAGAAAAAAAAUUUACAAAUUGAAGCUGAAGAUUCCAGUUCCAUCUUGGUAACAAUAGGCUUCUUUUAUACAAAAAUCAUGAAGUACUUUUCUGUCCUGGUAGCAUAGACAUUUAGAAGCUAGAAAGCAAAUGUACAAAACUGUACUGGAGCAUAAAAAUCAAGAGAGCAGUUAUCUUAUUGCAGGUGCUUGUAGGCUUUCUGAUGUCACUGCAGAAAUAGAAGUGGAAAUGUCUUGGUGCACAAAGCAGCAGCAUGGGGAUAAGGCGCUUGAAUUCACUGGUUGUUAAAGCUCAUAGACUUGCUUCCUGAAGACAUGGCUGUACCUCCUGUUGCUCAGGAACAGAGUGGAGGUUUGGUCAUAGCUAUAAUGUCCAGCUGGAUACAUAGUCAUGACUCAAUAGCCUUUCUCUGCUCAGUCCAGUACUUCACAUAUCUGCAGUUUGUGUAGAUGCUGGUGUGAGCUGAAGGAGCAGGGCCAGAGUGAAUUUCAGGGCUUAGAGGGACUGCCAUUGCAGCUUCUGCAGAUAGGCGAUACCAUAGUGAUGGGAUGAGGCAGUGGGUGUGGCAAGAUAAUUUUCAAAACAGAUUGAAAUGAUAGUCCUAAACAGGUAUUUAUUUCUGAAUGGUGCUAUUCAUGAUGCUGUGAUUCCAGUUAUACCUGCAUAGCUCCCAAGCACACACUUUCCUACACAGGGCCCAAUACUUGACCUCCCUAAAGCUAUGGGAGGUCCACAGCCAGUACAGUGCCACUGUUUUUUACAGUGUACAGUUAACAGUUAAGGAUGACUAAAUCUGUUGUAUAGCAGUUACAAUCCAUUCAGAAUUAAAUGUCAGUGCUUACAGAAGUCACAAGUCUAUAUGUUUAUCUGUGACUAGUUACUUUUGGAUUCUCAGUUGUGGACAGCUGGACAGAGCCAGGCUUCCAGAGAGUGGGGUAGAAAUGCUCAGCCUUCUGUAAGUCUGACCACAGUAAAGAGUUGAACCAGGGGCCCCUCCCAAAUUCUUGGUUACGUGUGAAAACAUAGUUAUUUGCUUCUUUUGCUUGAAUGUGGGGGGCUAGGGAGCCAGGCUCUUCUAGUGAGUGGGUAAAGGCUUAUGAACUAGAGAGGAGGGGGGUGGGAACUGUUUAUGUACAGAGCAACUGCACUGACUUCUGGCAAGGACACAUCUUUUCUAGUGCUGAAGCACUUUCUGACCUGCAUCUACAUGGAGCCACCCUAUAUGUCACACAACACUGACUUCAUUUUGUUUGUUCUUCAUUGGAGAUUCAAUAGGUGAUGGAACCAGCUAAGCAAGUUGAGUAAAGGAGAAAAUUCACACCUGUGUUCCUCAGAUGUGUUUGUGGCUUUUCCUCAUUAUAUGACUAAGAUAUGUGUAAGCCAUGGAGGCUAGCAUGCAGCAGAUGUCGUCCCCUCCAAUCCUUCAUGUUCUUGUGCACUCUCUAUCUUAACUGCUGCUUUUACUAUAUGUCGUCAUUCUCAUUAUUAAUUUAUAGCAAAAUACCCUUAUCAAUAAAAUUCAUAUUUAAGUGUAA